AUGAGCACGGAAAGCAUGAUCCGCGACGUGGAGCUGGCCGAGGAGGCGCUCCCCAAGAAGGCGGGGGGCCCCCAGGGCUCCAGGCACUGCCUGUGCCUCAGCCUCUUCUCCUUCCUGCUCGUAGCAGGAGCCACCACCCUCUUCUGCCUGCUGCACUUUGGGGUGAUCGGCCCCCAGAGGGAAGAGUUUCUGAAUGGCCUUCCUCUCGUCAGCCCUUUGGCUCAGACGCUCUCGCUCAGAUCAUCUUCUCAAAACACAAGUGACAAGCCUGUAGCCCAUGUUGUAGCAAACCAACAGGCAGAGGAGCAGCUGGAGUGGCUGAGCCAACGUGCCAAUGCACUCCUGGCCAAUGGCAUGCAGCUCAUAGACAACCAGCUGGUGGUGCCAUCAGAUGGACUAUACCUCGUCUACUCGCAAGUCCUCUUCAAGGGUCAAGGCUGCUCCACCUACGUGCUCCUCACCCACACUGUCAGCCGCUUCGCUGCUUCCUACCCAGACAAAGUCAACCUCCUCUCGGCCAUCAAGAGCCCUUGCCCCAAGGAGACCUCAGAGGGGACUGAGUCCAAGCCCUGGUAUGAGCCUGUCUACCUGGGAGGGGUCUUCCAGCUGGAGAAAGGUGACCGACUCAGUGCCGAGGUCAACCUACCCGACUAUCUAGACUUUGCCGAAUCCGGGCAGGUCUACUUUGGGGUCAUUGCUCUGUGAGAGGGAUAGAUGUCCACACCCUCUUUGUCUCCCUCUCCCUCACUGUCAUCCCUCUGUUACCUGCUCCUUCAGAUGUCUUCAUCUCCUGAUUUAGGAAAGCGAUUAUGGCUCAGGGCCAUACCCUAAGCUUAGAACUCUUAAUGACAACACUCAGAAACCUAGAAUGUGGGGAUAUGUGGCUUGGACAGUGAGACAUUCACUACCCGGUACUGAGAAUUCAAACUGGGGCUUCCAGAACUCACUGGGGCCACAGGUUUUGAUUCCUGAAUUCAACAAGGGACAUCUGGAAUGUGGAGGUCAUUUCUCAGAGACGACCACCAUGUCUUUCUCUCUCAGAUGUUUCUAGAAGCUUCCCUGAGAUGUGGAACCCAGCCCUCCUCACAGGGCCAACCUCCUCUAUUUAUGACUGCA